AUGGGUUCCAGCCUGUCGCGAGCCAUGGGCAAGAUCUUUGGCAACAAAGAAAUGCGCAUCCUCAUGCUCGGACUCGACGCCGCGGGCAAAACUACGAUCCUGUACAAGCUCAAACUGAAUCAAUCCGUCACCACGAUCCCCACGGUCGGCUUCAACGUCGAGACGGUACAAUACAAAAACGUCAAGUUCAACGUAUGGGACGUGGGAGGGCAGGACAAGAUCCGUCCGCUUUGGAGGCACUACUACACGGGAACGCAAGGCUUGGUAUUUGUGGUCGACAGUCAGGAUCGCGAUCGGAUCGAUGAGGCGAGACAGGAGCUGCAUCGCAUCAUCGGAGAUCGAGAGAUGCGCGAUUGCUUGUUGUUGGUAUUUGCCAACAAGCAGGAUUUACCCGGUGCUAUGAGUCCGGCUGAAGUCACCGAGAAGCUCGGCUUGCAUAGAAUGAGGGAUCGAAGCUGGUUCGUUCAUCCUAGUUGCGCAACCAGCGGCGAGGGGCUCUACGAAGGCUUGAGUUGGCUCUCCCAAAACGUAUCUACAACAAAGAGCUGA